AUGCCUGAAGCCAACAUGAAACAUCUCACCGGAGUUUUCCGAGCAACAGGCCACCACAAAGUCACGCGCAAUCGAAAGCCUGUCUCGUGCAUGGCGUGUCAGAAACGCAAGUCGAAAUGUGACCGUGGGAAGCCAACUUGCGGUGCCUGCCACAAGCGUGGCGAUCCAAGAUUGUGCGUAUAUGGAGAUGCAAAUGGAUUCGCAGACAAGCAAGAGAUGCAACUCAAAAUGGCUCAACUUGAGGAAAUAGUGAUGCGUCUGGCCAAGGCUUCAGAAGCUUCAAACGCCCUUCCCAGCAUUGCAAUGGCGGAGCAUAUGAACUUGCCCUCUCCGCAGGUAGUUGAAGAGGGGUCUGAUGCUGCAUACCACGGUGAAACGUCUUGGGAGGCCGUGUUCAAGAGCAUACAUGAUAUUCAGAGUGUUCUCAGUACACAAGAUGACCCCGAUCAUCACGGCGAGCCUGAGAAUUUAUCCACCGCGCCAGACAUUGCAACUGGGGGAAUCUCUCCAAUCGCUAUGAGCGAGAUCAUUGACAGCGUCCCAUCUCGUCAAGAGGCCAAUGCUCUCGUGAAAUCGUACUUCCAGGCCAAGUUCCUCGCUGUACCCUUCAUUCACGAGCGUCAUUUUUGGCGGCGUUAUGAACUUUUCUGGACUUGCCCUCACAAUGCCAACUUCUUAUGGCUGAGUAUAAUGUUCUCUGUUCUCAGUCUCGGUACAAUGGUGUGCAAAAUCCAGCAGCCCCAUCUCGCGCUGCUUCAAGGGCCAGGUUUCUACAUACAGCGUUCUGCUCAAUGUCUGGUUACGGGGGAGUACCUCAAAGCUAGACCAUAUUCUGUCGAGGCACUCACCCUAUAUGCUCAUGCGGUCAACGCCAAGAGAAAGGACUCGGAGGCUACCACAUGGUCCCUCUAUUCACUCGCCGUUCGGCUUGCUCAGCGAAGAGGCUACCACCUCGACGCGGCGAGAGUGUCCCCGAAUAUUAAGCCAUUUGAGGCUGAGAUGAGAAGGCGGACGUGGUUUACUGUACAGACUUCAGAUUUGCUUUUCUCCUUUCAGCUCGGUAUGCCUCCAAUGGUAUACCCAGAAGUCUGCGACGCUGGACAUCCUCGAAAUUUAUCAGAUGAUGACUUUGACGAGGAUUCUGAAGUACCCGAGUCUCGCCCCCCAACAUAUCCCACUCCCAUGUUGGCAUGGCAGACAAAAUCUCAUCUCUGCCGUUUACUACGCCGCGUUCUCCGGCAUGUUCUUCGAGUCGAGUCCCCGCCUUAUGAAGAAACCAUGGCUCUCCAAGCUGAGUUGGAAGUAUACCACAACAGUGUCCCCGAAUGUUUGCGCGUUCGCCCCAUCGCCGCCACUCCAUUUGAUAUCCCGGCCCAUACCAUCAUGCACAGGUUAAUUAUAGAAGUGUCAUAUCUCAAGACAAUUUGUGUCCUCCACCGGCCUUACCUUGCGGCCGAGAAGAAUCAGGAAAUGUACAAAGCAUCCCGUGAACUCUGUCGAACUGCCGCUCUUCGGAUUAUCGAGAUUCAUCUCGAGUUUGAGCAUGAGAUUCGAGAAGGAGGCCGCAUGUAUGAAGACCGCUUCUUGCUAUCGAGCCUGACUCUGCAUGAUUUUCUUGUCGCGUCUAUGAUUUUAUGUUUAGACCUUCACGAGUCCGCCGACAUAACGUACAUCCUCCACCUACCAUCUCCGAGCAUGACUACUAAUUCAAGCCGUAGACCACAAGACCGAAGACAACGCACGCAGAUACUGGAAGACACCUGCAAGACCUGGGAAACUCGAGCGAGCCACUCCAAAGACGCACGACACGGCGCAAAGGUCAUCAGAGCGAUUUUAAAUCGCAUCACGACACCAAGUACGACAUCUAAAGUGAAGACUAUAGGUAUGAUGAACAUCGCAGACUCCCACAGCGAGUCGACUUCAGGCAGUGAUAUCCCAGACUUUACAAUGGCAGAUUUCAAUUACCCCACCAAUUGUGAAGAAUUCUUCCCAUUGAACAGUUUCUUCGGCCCUAAUGAUGGCUUCGAAUGGGUUAGUUCCGGUUCAAACCUACGUACGCCCUUUGACUCCCCAGUGCUCACUAACAACAACAAGUUUUCCAUCGGUCAAUCCUGA